GAACACAUUUGAUCACAAGUUUGUAGUAGUUACUUACACAUAAGUACAAAGUUGAUAAAGAAAAAGAGUCAAAGAAAUGACAACUUCCACUACUUUUUCAUUUCUGCUGCUGCUGCAAAUCUUCUGGCUGUGUCUCAUGAAUCCUCCUGUAUCAGCUGCCAAGAAGUCAUAUGUGGUGUACCUUGAGAGGGAUUCCCAUCAUGAGACCAACAAACAUGUUUUGGGUUCUGAUCAAACGAGACAAACUUAUCAUGACCUGCUGGGUUCUUGCCUCCUAAGCCAGGAGAGGGCUAAAGAAGCCAUAUUUUACUCAUACUCCAGCAUCAUCAAUGGGUUUGCGGCUGUGCUUGAAGAUGAUGAAGCAGAGAUGCUCUCCGGUCACCCUGGAGUGGUAUCAGUGCUCCCAGAUAAAGUGAAUCAGCUGCAUACCACAAGGAGUUGGGAGUUCAUGGGGCUAGAGGAUAGCAAUGGAGGGAUACCAGAGGAGUCCAUCUGGAAAGCUGCAAAUUUUGGUGAAGAUGUUAUUAUUGCCAACCUUGAUACAGGGGUGUGGCCUGAAUCUCCAAGCUUUAACUGUACUGUAUCAGAGACCAUCCCAUCUAGGUGGAAAGGACAAUGUGACUCCAGCAGUGGAUUCAAAUGCAACAGGAAGCUAAUUGGAGCAAGAUACUUCAACCAGGGUGCCUCUGCUGUAAACAAACUACAAGCAGCAGACAGCUCUGCCAUGGACACAGAUGGGCAUGGCAGCCACACCCUUUCCACUGCAGCUGGCUGCCUUGUCCCAGGGGCUAACUUCCUGGGAUCAGCUAAUGGAACAGCCAAAGGAGGAUCCCCUAAAGCAUGGGUUGCCACAUACAAAGUCUGUUAUGGGGGCUGCUAUGAUGCUGACAUAUUGGCUGGAUUCGACGCCGCGAUUCAGGAUGGAGUCGACAUAAUCUCCCUCUCACUUGGAUCCUUCUCUCCUGUAGCGUAUUCCUCGGACAGCAUUGCAAUUGGAUCUUUUCAUGCUGUGAAGAACGGGAUAACUGUGGUCGCUUCAGCUGGGAAUUCUGGCCCAUAUGCCUCAUCUGUUGUCAAUGUGGCACCUUGGAUGUUAACCGUUGCAGCUAGCUCAGUGGAUAGGCAAUUCGAGUCCGAUGUGAUCCUUGGGAAUGGACAAAAAAUCAAGGGAAUCAGCUUCAAUACUGAUACCUUACCACCUGGGAACCUUUACCCUCUGAUCAAUGCAGUGGAUGCCAAAUCCUCUGAUGCUGAUCCCAGUGACGCAAAAUACUGCUAUUCGAGUACACUUGAACCAAGCAAAGUGAAGGGGCAGAUUGUGGUCUGCAUUAGCAGCAGUGAUGAUGUGGAGAAGAGCUUAGAAGUGUCACAAGCUGGAGGAGUUGGGGUGGUUCUUGUUAAUUCAUACUCAGACUCACCAACUCCAAAGGCUCACUAUCUCCCUACUUCCAUGGUUUCCAAGAAAGAUGGGGAUUCUAUAUUGGCUUAUAUGUCGCAGGCAGAGUCCCCUACGGCUUAUAUAAGUGGUGAUACUGUAGUUGGUGAGACAGUAGUAGCACCAGCCAUGGCUUCGUUUUCAUCAACUGGACCUAAUGGUCUUACUCCGGAGAUUUUGAAGCCAGAUGUAACAGCACCUGGACUCUACAUUCUAGCAGCAUAUUCAGAAGCAACUGGGGCUACUAGUGAUUCAGACAAGCGGCAUUUGCCCUUCAACAUCAUCUCUGGCACCUCAAUGUCUUGCCCUCAUGUCUCUGGCAUUGCUGGUUUGGUCAAAAGCAUCCAUCCUGGAUGGAGCCCUGCUGCCAUCAAGUCAGCAAUCAUGACCACUGGUUUCAAGAAAAGUAACAAGGGAGAAAAGAUCCAGACAUCAAUGGGAUCCGAGGCAAACCCUUUCAACUACGGAGCAGGGCACGUGUCGCCCAACAAGGCACAAGAUCCCGGAUUAGUCUACGAUAUGACAAUAACGGAUCACUUGAACUUCCUAUGCUACAUUGGCUACGACGAAAAACAACUAGCCAAGUUCUACGAUAAGUCGUACCAAUGCCCUAACAAAACUGCCACAAGUUUGUCAGACAUCAACUAUCCGUCCAUCACCAUUCCUGAGCUACCAAGUGGAGCAGUCACUGUGACUCGAACCUUGAAGAACGUGGGCACUCCAGGCGUGUACAAGGCUUACCUGGAUGAACCAUCUGGGAUUUCGGUCAAAGUCGAGCCUGCUAGUUUGGAGUUCAAAGAGGUGAAUGAAGAGAAGAGCUUCAAGAUUACAUUGCAAAGUUUAGGGAAAGAUGUUGGGAGGGAUGAUUAUGUGUUUGGGGAGCUGACUUGGUCAGAUGGUUUACACAAUGUCAAGAGUCCAAUUGUUGUGAAGAAGGCAGAGAGUGGAGUCCAAUCUGCCUAAUAUGUAAGAUUUGUGUUGGCAAGAAAGAAUAAUACAAAAAGAGUUGGGGUAAAGCCCAGUUGGAAGUUUAUUAUU